AUGGGAGAUGAUGAUCUCCAAGAUUUUCAGACUCAUGUCAAGGGCUUUGCAGUGAACAUGCCAGUGAAUGAGAUGGAUGAAGAGAGUAAAAUGGAGUUGAAGAAACUUGUUGGAAAUGAUGUUGAGGUGGAUAAGAUUGAUUUUGUCACAAGAUAUUUCUCACCUUGGAAUGGAAUUAAGGAAGAUCCUGUAAAUGGAAGCUCACAAACAUCGUUGUGUCCUUAUUAUUCCAACAAGUUAGGAAAACAAAAAUUAGUUCAGAAAUAUAGUCAUUUCUUGGGAACAAUCACAGCAAACCAUCCCAUAGACAUGUUUAAAUUGGUGACUGAACGUGAAAAUUUUCGAUAUUUAUCGAAACAAUACUUCCCAAUGAUUCCAGAUGAAAUUGAUUACACGAAUGGUCUGACAGAAGAAAGUUACAGAGUGAGUGAAGUUCAUUCUGAAAUUAUUCAAUCCAUGAAAAAAAGAAUUCAAGAACUGGAAUCAAUAUUGUUCAACCUUAACCAACAAACGAGCUCUGUAACAUUGUUAAUGGGAAUGGAUGAAAAAAACCAACAAUAUAGUGCCCAAUUUAAGAUGUUGCGUGAGAUGGGAUUCUUUGAUCAAAAUCGAUGGAUACAAAUAUUGGAUCAAUGCAAUGGAGAUAUUCAGAAAGCACUAAUUUCCAUUUAUAUUGAACAUUUUCAAACAAACAACAACUAA